AUGGACACCAAGCGCUGCUUUGCCAACCACUUCGAUGACUACCAGGGCAGCUUGCUGGCGGGCCAGUGCGAGGAAGCUGUGGGGCCAUUGGUGACUUCCACCAUCGAGAGAAUUCUCCAGGAGCUGCCCCCACUCAGGGGUACCACCGAGGCCCGGGGGGCAGCAACCGGUGCCAGUGGCUGUCAAGGGGGAUUGUAUGGCGGCGUGGCAGGGGUCGCCUAUAUGCUCUAUCACGUCUCACAGAGUCCACUCUUUGCCACCGCCCGGGAGCGUUACCUGCGCUCAGCCAAGCGCCUGAUCGACGCGUGUUCCCAAGUGGAGGACUGGGGUGAGCCAGACGCUGACACCCGCGCUGCCUUUCUGCUCGGGGGAGCGGGUGUGUAUGCGGUGGCCACGCUCGUGUACCACGCCCUGGGCCGGUCUGACUACGUGCAGCCGCUGGGCAAGUUCCGAGCUCUGUGUGCCACCUGCGCGCCUGUCUCCUUCCUGGACUGUGGCUCCGAUGAGCUGUUCGUGGGCCGCGCGGGCUACCUGUGCGCUGCGCUGGUGCUCAAGCAGAAACUCGCCCAGGAGGUGCUGACCCCGGCACAGAUCAAAUCAAUUUGUCAGGCAAUUCUGGACUCUGGGAAGCAGUAUGCCAUAAAAAAGAGGAAGCCAUUCCCUCUGAUGUACUCUUAUUACGGAACUGAAUACUUGGGGGCAGCUCAUGGUCUAUCAUCCAUUCUCCAGAUGCUUCUUUCUUAUCAUGAACACCUCAAGCCCUCAGAUCAGGAGCUGGUGUGGCAGAGUGUGGACUUCCUCAUGGAGCAGGAGCAGAACUGCAACUGGCCACCUGAACUCGGCGAGACCAUUGAGAGAGAGAAUGAGCUGGUCCAUUGGUGUCAUGGUGCCCCAGGGAUUGCCUAUCUCUUUGCCAAAGCUUACCUGGUUUCCAAGAAACCACAGUACCUGGACACGUGUAUCCGGUGUGGAGAACUCACAUGGCAGAAGGGCCUGCUAAAGAAAGGGCCAGGGAUUUGCCAUGGUGUGGCUGGCAGUGCCUAUGUCUUCCUGCUGCUAUACCGGCUCACAGGAAACUCUAAAUACAUCUACCGAGCUCAAAGAUUUGCUGAAUUCUUGUUUACAGAGGAAUUCAAGGCUGGGUCUCGAGUCCUUGAAAGCAUCUACAGCUUGUAUGAAGGCUUCUCCGGGACAGUGUGCUUUCUGAUUGAUCUGCUGCAGCCCAGUCAGGCUGAGUUCCCUCUCUUCAGUGUGUUUGUUUAGAAGGCUUCACCUUCCACUGUGGCUUUGCAGAAGGCCCCUGAGAUGUCCCGAGCCUACCUGCAGCAGUUUCUACAUAAGCCACAUUCACUGGGAUCACAGCCAUGAGCCUUAACAUUGCUGCCAGGAGGAACAGAAGAGACAUUUGAUGGCAACUUGAUAUCACACUUGAGAAUGCAAGUCUGAGAACAUGAAAGAUACAAAGCAACAUCACUCUUCUAAAGGCUGUAGAAAUACAAUAUUUCAGGGAAUACAUGUGAAACCGAAGGUCAAAGGAAAAAGGGAAAGAGAAAGGAUCUGGUUUUCAGUUACAAGAGUAAAAACAAAACUAAAUCAGAAAUAUGGUAAUAAACUGCCAAUCCCUGGAGAAAGAGUUUGGCCAUUUGGGGUGGGUGUUUGCCACCUCCAAUUUCAGAAAUAAAAGACAAGGGAAAACUAAAGUGAUUGUCCUAUGAAAACUGAUAGGGGGAUGAAGUGACUGACUGACUGCUGAAGGGAGUAAUUUCAAAAAGAAACUAUUGUUUGUCCUGAACAGUUACUGAUUUCAAUUCAUAUUUUUUGUUGAUUCAUGGAUAUAUUUAUUGCAGAUGAAUAUCUACUUUUAUCACUUUCCUGGGCACUUUAAACAAAUCAUAUCAGAACCUGGUAGAAACCCUAAAAUUAGAAGUUUCCUUAGGCCUUUGACCAUCUCCUGUUUCCUCUUUCUUUCAUAAAGUUCAACUAAAAUAGUGAGUAUCAUAUACUAGCAAAUACUGUAGAAAGUGUUGUUGUCAAUUCAUUUUCUCCAUGUGAAGUGUAAGCUGUGAAUUGUCUCUUGUUAGUAAUUUGAAAAUUGCCUUUAUGUACA